UUGUCAUUGGUGCUUCCGGCUUAACUCCUGCACUUCCGGGUUAGUGUUGUUUGCUGAUAAGAGUUGGAGGUCAUGUAAUAAAGUGUGUCUCUGGACUUGUUGACUCGUAAUCCGCGUAAUCCCAUGGCUACUGCAAAAACAUUAUUGUUUGUAUAAUCGUGCUGUGCUUCUUGGAUCAGUCAUGUCGCAAGCUUCGUCUGGAUUCACUGCUGCUGCUCAAGUCCCACAUGGGUCUAGUAAGGGCUCUAUUAAUGCCUCGUAUAUUCCCAAUGAAGAAGAGAGGCGUGUCUUCAGAGAGUGCAAUUCAGAAAGCUUCUGGUACAGAUCCUUGCCAUUUUCUGCCGUUGCAACUGCAGCCACUCAGGUAAUGGUAUCAAGAGGAAUCCUUACUCCAUCACCCAGAUUCGGCUCUCUUCCCAAAGUUGCAUUUGCUGGCAUGUCUGGAUACAUUACUGGGAAAAUGUCUUACAUGACGGUCUGUGAAGAAAAGUUUAGAAAACUGGAGAACUCCCCACUGGGAGAGGCACUACGACAGGGACGUCUGCAUCACAUGCCUUCAGAGCUAAACCAGUCAGAUUUUGAGGAUCCAAACCCAUCAGAAUCUCAACAGUCUGUUUCGGAGUCAGCGUUCCAACCUUCGACAGAAGUCAGUUCUAUGCCUGAGAGAGACAGCAGUUACACCAGUGACUAUCCCUACAGCAGUCCCUCCCAAUCAUACGACCCCACUCCUUUCAGUUCUGGAUUUAGUGAUUCUGGUCCUGUUAACAUCAGGGAUGAUAUUUCUCCUCAAGCUCCGCUCUAUCCAGAUGAGGAUGUGCCCAAAAAGAAGCCAGUGUUGUAUGAGGAACUGCGUAGCAAGAAUAGAGAGAACUAUGAGGUCACUCUCACACAGAAAGCUGAAACACUGAAACCACAAACAGUGGCACCAGUACCUAAGAAGGAAGAACAAAUAUGGAGAUUCUUGGGAAUAGUAAUCAACUGUUUGAGGAGCUCAAGAUCUGAACGCAGUGACUUCUGUGGAGUUGUCAUGAUUCCUUCUGCCAGAUUAGACCAAAAGCUGCAAUCAAAUGCUGAAUGUACUUUAAGGAGUAAAACUCAAUUUUUGAAAUGAAUGCAAAAUUACUCUAUUUUCUUUUGAUAGCACAUUUGUGGUAUGAAAAACAACGUUUCUCAUCUUGACUUCCUGCUUUAAGCAGACUUAAGAUAAAUAAUUUUAACAAUCAGUGUUUUUAUUGAUUAGGAAAUUCUGGCCAGAUGUGCUUGAGAUUUGCUAAUAAAUAAAUACAAUUAUAUAAUAACAAUAGACAUGAUAUUGUUUCAUAUAAACCCAGAGAAGAAGAUGUAAUAAAUAACAGCAUCAAGUUUGAUUCUCCACUGGAAAUUUAGUCCAUCACAAUGCUAAAAGCUGUGCACAAGUGACAAUUACAACAGUAGUAUUAUGAGAGUAGAUGAGUUUUGACUUGGACCCAUCAUGAUAAUAAUGACAUCAUUCACUGAUGUUACAGUUAUUACAGUCUUCUGUGCUGGAGAUAAAUAUAUACUUGCUGUUUAAUUCUUUUAAUGAAAAUUCACAUUUAAAUGUUCAAACAUUUCAAAUAAAGCCUA